AUGGUGCAGGGCCGACUGCUGGUGAUCGCCGGCUCCGACUGUUCGGGCGGGGCCGGACUCGAGGCAGACCAGAAGGUCAUGGCCGCCCAUGGCUGCUACGCCAUGACGGCCACGACGGCGCUGACGGCGCAGAACACACGGGGGGUCUAUGACAUCCACCCCGUGCCGCCGGCGUUCCUGAGGAGGCAGAUCGAGGCCUGCUUUGAUGACAUUGGGGUAGAUGUCGUCAAGACUGGCAUGCUCGCCUCAGCAGAGACCAUCACAGCCGUUGCCCAGGCCCUCGAGGCCCACGGCUUCGGCGGCAGCCUGGUCGUCGACCCGGUCAUGGUCGCCACGACAGGCGCGGAGCUGCUGCCCCCGGCGGCCCUGCGCGAGCUCCGCGCCCGCCUGCUCCCGCGCGCCACGGUGCUCACGCCCAACAUCCCCGAGGCCCGGCUGCUGCUGCGGGACGCAGGCCUCCCGGACGUGCUCCCCGACGACGGCGCCAUCUCCGUCGCGGACCUCGAGGCCGCGGGCGAGGCACUGCGCACGCUGGGCCCCGAGUGGGUUCUCGUCAAGGGCGGGCACGCGCCACUCCGCCGCUGCGACCUUGCCGCUGCGGCCACCGAGGCGGAGAGGGAGCUCGUCGUGGAUGUGCUCUGUGGCAGGGAGGGCUGUGUGAGGGUGGAGACGGCGUACCAGGCGAGCCGGAACACGCAUGGCACGGGGUGCUCGCUUGCCUCUGCUAUCGCGUCCAACCUCGCCAGGGGCAUUCCAGUCCCGCAGGCCGUCAAGGCUGCGUGUAGGUAUGUCCAGGCUGGCAUCCAGACUGCCCCCGGCCUGGGCAGCGGGAACGGUCCACUCAACCAUUUCCACUCGACCUAUACGCUGCCGUUUUCACCGGGCCACUUCGUCGAGUGGAUGCUAGAGCGGCCGGAUGUGGCACCGGUAUGGCACCGGUUCGUCCACCACCCCUUCGUCAUGGCCAUGGGCAACGGGACACUGCCACUCGGAUCCUUCAAAGGCUAUCUCAUCCAGGAUUACCUCUACCUGAUACAGUUUGCCCGCGCAAACGCUCUUGCCGGCUACAAGGCCAGGAACAUGCGCGACAUAUCUGCCGCCGCGACCAUCGUCGCGCACAUCGACAGGGAGACCUCCCUUCAUCUCACCUACUGCGAGGAAUUUGGCGUCUCGCGCGAGGAGAUGGAGGCCACUGAGGAGAAACAGGCUUGCACGGCCUACACCAGAUACGUCCUUGAUAUCGGCCAGUCCCAGGACUGGCUCGGCCUGCAGGUCGCCCUCGCCCCGUGCCUGCUUGGCUACGGCGCCCUGGCCAAGAUGCUGCAUGGAGACCCCAAGUCUGUCAGGCACGGGAACCACUACUGGAACUGGGUCGAGAACUACGUCGCCGACGACUAUGUACAAGCUGUCAAGACCGGCUCAGACCUCCUCGAGAGAAACGCCGUACUCCACUCUCCAUCUCGUAUCGAGGAGCUCGUCGAGAUAUUCAUCCAUGCUACCAAGAUGGAGAUUGGCUUUUGGGAGAUGUUCCCACAUGGUCAGGACUAG